GUUGGCUGAGGUUCCAGGGAACCCUCUAAGCUCUGGUCAUUAUACCUUUUAUUCCCCAGAGAUGUUGGCUGAGGUUCCAGGGAACCCUCUAAGCUCUGGCCUCCUCUGGACAGCCACCCGUGGUAAAGAUGAAAAGCGCCCAGGCCUAACCCUGCAGCGGUCUGGGGAUGCCCAGAGGAAGAUGCCCUCCCAGCGUUGCUGCUUCCUCGGGGUAGAGACCUGGGAAGAGCUGAAGUGGGAGGACUGGGAGCUGGGAGGGGAGUUCACGAAGACCCUGCUGCUGAAGAACAUCCAUAGUAAACUUCAGAAACUACGUUUCAGGCCUCCUGCGUCAAAGUUCUUCACCACCCUGUUUCCUCAGAUCAUCACUCUGAGUCCUGGAACGUCUUUUUCUCUUCCUGUUACCUUCCGCCCCCUUGAUAGGUGUGAGUACCAGGACACCAUAGAGUUCCACAGUAAAGAUGGGUUGUUCCAGGUGUCUCUGAGGGCGACCAUACCUCACCAUGCUCUGGACGUACCCGAGUCUGUCCUCCUACCCCCCUGUGCUGUUCUCCACCAAUCACAGACCGUCUUCAUGUUCCGCAACGCCAGUAAGCUACAGACAGGUUUCCGGUGGGAGGUGCCCUCUCCGUUCCAGCUGUGUCCAGAGAGCGGGAUGCUGGAGCCGGGUCAGGAGUGUAGAGUCACGGUGCUCUUCAGACCAUGGGAGGCGUUGGCCUACCAGGUCCAGGCUAGCUGUGCCUUCGGGGACGAGGGAGAGAACAGCUGUACUGUGCUCCUACAGGGCCUAUCAAAGUACCCAUUCCUUCAGAUCAGUGCUCCGGGUCAGGAGGAGGGAUGUAAGGUGCUGGAAUUUGGCAAUGUGCCUGUCGGCUGCAACAUGGAAAGACACUUUGAGAUUCUCAAUCCGUCCUCAAUAACGACUUCCUUUAGUCUGUCCAGGAUGCAGCGCCCGCUGCUGUCAGAGUCAGUGUUCCAGUGUGGUAUCCAGAAGGGAGAGGUGGCUCCACGUACCUCCAUCAGGGUACCUGUGAUUUUCUCUCCUGGAACUGUGGACAUUACCACUGUGGACUACCUGUCACUCACAUGCCCCGGGGCGCUCAGCAAAACCCUGCUCAAAGUCACCGGCACCUGCAUAGGUCCUCAGGUGUCCCUGUCCUCCUCCAUGCUGGACUUUGGCUGUGUGGAUGAGGGUGAGGAGGCCUUGCGCACCUUCGACAUCAUCAACUCCUCCUCUGUGGAGGCCCAGUAUCAGUUUGACUUGGACGCCACAGGGCAUAGUGUCUUCACCUUGGAGCCAGCCUGUGGUACCCUGCCACCCAACAGCCACCAGCGCCUACGCCUGCUCUUCAGACCACACCACCCCAUGGGACAUCACAGGAGGGUGGUCUGUCUGCUGCUACACAGGGAGCCUCUGUUCCUGGACCUGAUAGGGACCUGUCACUCUGAGCAGCUGAAACCAGCCAUCCUUCACCCCAGACACCUGGUCCUGUACCGGCAUCACCUGGCCCGGGGACUCACCUGCUACCCUCCUGAUGUACUGGGCGCCAUGCUGGCAGAGGACAAGAUCCAAGUGGACCCGGAGGGAGCUCUGAUGUUACAAGAGGAUCCUGCUGCUGUGCCAGAGAAGAGCCCUAUGGAGGAAUAUUACCAAGGCUGUGCAGGGGGCAAGGUGGAGGCUGAGCUAGGAGGCAGCGGUGAGGGGGCCACCAGUUCCCACGUCACAGUGGAUCCCCCAGAGUUGCUGUUCUACAAUGGCUCCGUCUCUACCUCGCAGUCUGUGACUCUCUCCAAUCACACCAAGGGCAAGCUCAGCUUGAUCUGGACCCCGGCUCCUAACUCCUCCUUCUCCGUCACACCCUCGUCAUGUGAUCUGGGACCCCUGAAGUCGACUGCUUUCAGAGUCAGCUACACGCCCAAGCAACACAACACCUUCCAUGGGGCACAGCUAGAGUGCUUCGCUCUCUACAAGGUGUUGAGGGACCAUCGGCAGGUAGAGGACCGUACCUUGUGCCCUCCCUGGUGUGUCACAGUCCGGGUCAUUGGACACUCCUUCCAGCCUGGCCGGGAGCACUUCAUCCCCCGGUUCUCCUUGCAUCGCCCCCUAGUGGUCUUCCCUGCUCUGAGCCUGGUCUCCUACAGGACUGUGCUCCUGGAGAACACGGGAGACCUACCCCUGGUGUUCAGGUUGGACCCAGAGGAGUGUCCUUCGGUGUCUGUUCAGCCCACCAGCGGCCUGGUCCAACCUGGACACCACCAGAUUCUCACCCUCAGGACCACCCCGGCAGAAGACUGCCCUGCCAAGCUACCCCUCACCCUGCACUUCAAUGCCAGUCCCAAGCACACCCAGGAGCUGUCGGUGGUGAGUGUGGUAGAGAAGCCUCGUCUGUCUCUGGAAGGAGAAGGUAGUCUGUUCUUCAAACCCACGGCGGUGGGCUCCCGCUCCCAAAGCCCCUACAGGGUCAGGAACCUGACCAGGUUACCUCUGAGGUUCCACUGGAGGAUCUCUGGACCUGACCAACGGGUCAUCUCUGUGGCGCCUGACACGGGAGUCCUGCAGCCCAAUGAGACCAUGGUGCAGACGUGGUCCUUCACCCCAUUUGAGGAAAUGGUUUACAAUCUGAAGCCCAACCUGACCUUCUGGCCAAUCCAGACGCCCGGAUGCAGGAAGUCCCGCCUCCCCCUGAAAGUAGUGGGCAUGGCCUCCAAAGGAUCCAUCCAGGCAGAGCAUGGGGUGCUGAAUCUGGGGGAGGUGUUGGUGGGAGACUGUAGGUCCUUCGAGGUGCCUCUCAUCAAUAACGGUUCCUGUUCUGUCAGCUUCUGUUUGGCUGUACAACAGAGCCUGCUAGACCCGGGUUUGCCUGAGAAGAAAGACCCCGUUGCCCUGGAGCUGGACUCUGAGAGAGGCACCAUCCCAGCUCGCUCCAGGCUGCUGAUCCGCUCCACCGUGAGGCCUGCCAGGAGGACCAGAUACUGCUGGGACCUCACAUACCAGACACUUAGCUCUGCAGGCUCUGUGCUGGAUGCUCCCCAGGCUCUGUGCCAGGUGCAGGGUGAAGGGGUGUUCCCCACCCUGGAGGUGACAGAUGUGCGUUGCAGCGGCAGCGUGGAGGGGCUCAGCAAGCUGCAGAUCUGGAGCUUCUUUUCUCUGGGACACCUCAACGCCCACCUGCAGAGAGACCCCGCCCCCCCGGAGCUCACCUACCGGGUGCCCACCAGACACAGUCUACGUCGCUGUCCCUCCAUCUUCACGUCGGCCAUGUUGGAUUUCAACUUCAGCGCUGCUCCGCUGGGCUCAGACCCCUCCAAUGUGCUGCUGAUGUUUGAGAACACUGGGAGCAUCCCUGUCGAGUGGUCGUUCCUGUUCCCAGAAGACCAGCAGAUAGAGCUUGAGUACUGGGCUGAGACUGGGGAGUUCAGCACUACAGAGCUCCACCACAUGAAGGUGCAGGAUAACAGGCUGUUUAAUAUAGCACCCCGCUCUGGUAAACUACACCCAGGACAGCAGAAGGCAGUGACAUUUAGCUACAGACAUGACUUUGCUGGUACUGACCGUCUCCCAGUCCUGUUCAAGCUGUCUCACGGCAGAGAGAUUCUGUUGAACUUCAUGGGAGUGACGGUGGAGAGAGACAGACACUACCUGCACUUCACCUGCACCAAGCACGUCUUUGCCCCAGUGCCAAUCGGGGGGUUCAGUCCCCCUAAACAGGUGUAUGAGCUGUACAACGGAGGGGCGGUCCCUCUGAGGUACCGUGUGGACACAGAGCCCCUUGAGCAGCUGACGGCUGAUAACUUUGGUCACCCCGUGAUGCAGUGUCUCAACCCCCAGGGAGAGGUGAAGCCUGGCAGGACAGCCCUGCUGGAGUGGGUCCUCUCCCCCCUGGAGGCCAAGACUUACAGUGUGGACAUCUCUAUCCAUGUGCUGGAGGGAGACACCAUGCUGUUGACGUUUGAAGGCUGUGGGUUUGAUAACAGUGUGCUGGGAGAGUCGGCACCACUACAGCUUCAUGAUGGCUACAUGUCUGUCCCCAGCACACAGAGGAUGGCCCUGCCCAACCAGGCGCUGUUCCUGUCAGAGGAGAGAUUGUGUCUUGGAGACAUCCCAGUCUGCUCUCGCUCCACACGGGUCCUGUUCCUGACGAAUGUCUCCCACAGUGACAGAGUCCUCUACAACUGGAACCUGACUGACCAGUCAGUCCAGAUCUACCCAGAGCAUGGUGCUCUGUCUCCAGGGGAGAGCUCUCUCUGUAUCCUGACUCUCCAGGCCUCUGGCAGCCCCAGCUUCUACCAGCUAGACAUCAUCUGUGAGGUGACCCUGGAGGAGGCUCUGUCUCAGUACCGUCAGGAUCUACAGCAGUGGGAGAUGGAGAGAGACAGACAGAGGAAUGAGUUUAGCCUGACUGACAAAGACCUGCAGCAGAGUCAGACCAGCUACCCCCAGGGUCAUACACAGAGUCAGACCAGCUACCCCCAGGGUCAAACACAGAGUCAGACCAGCUACCCCCAGGGUCAAACACAGAUUCAGACCAGCUACCCCCAGGGUCAAACACAGAGUCAGACCAGCUACCCCCAGGGUCAAACACAGAGUCAGACCAGCUACCCCCAGGGUCAUACACAGAGUCAGACCAGCUACCCCCAGGGUCAAACACAGGAGAGCAACACUAAGGAGGUUCUACCUUCCCCACAGAAGACUGGACCUGUAGUCAGGAAAUACAAGACUCUGCCUCCUAUCUGUAGCAGCAGUGCCGUGGUUGGGGGUAUGUGUACCAGGCCCAGCCGUGCAGAGCGGAGGGCCCAGAGAGAGGCUAGCCAGGUAUGGAGGAGACCUGAACCGCCCUGCCCCACCCUGCUACACCUGGGGGUCACCGCCCGCUCACACUCCCUCCUAGAGUUCCAGACUUUCUUCCCCUCUCUGCUCAGCACACACCACAUCAACAGGUCGGCCCGGCCCAAUGUGACCCGUUGUGGAUCCCGUCAGAGCAGACCUCCAUCUGUAGACAUGCCUCCUCUCAGCCACGGACCAGAGAGAGAGAUCAUUACCCACACGCUCACCUCUAUAUUCAGGAGCCUCCUGGACGACUCUCACUUCCACCACUCUCUGGUGAACGGUGUGGCUGAACCCGUGCCCUACUUCACCCAGCUGAGACAGACUGCCUACACCCCUACCACACCUCUCCCUGGGGCUGCUACGCCUUUUCCUGGGACCAGGGAGGCCGCUCCACCUUGCCCCUCUACUCCUCAGCUCCUCAUGGGGGGCAGUCUGUACAGUGCUGGGGUAACAGAGGUAACAAAGCAACAACCACAGACCCAGAAGCCAACAGUGAAGCGAGAGCGUCAGCUCAACGUUCAGGAGACCAUCCGCAGGUUGCCAGAGUUCUGUGACGUGACAGAGGAGGUUCUCCUCAACACCUUACAGAACCUGAUGAUGGAGUCCUUCCUGGGAGAGCUGGUCCUUACAGCCAGGCCACGAAUCAUCGCUCUGCCUCCUGUCUCUGCCAGGAGGAACAGCUGUGGUUCCAGGAGGCUGUCCAGAGGUGGAGCUGACCCAGACAGGAGCAGAGAGACCAGGGGGUUGCUCUGGUACUUUCACACCCUCAUGUACCUGAUAGUAUCUCUGUGA